UUCGCUCAGCCUCUGAGGAGUCUUCAGUCCUCUGCUGCACACCGGGCCCAGCCUGCCUGACACCAUGAGGGUUCUCUACAUUUUGGUGCUGAUUUUGUCUUUCUUCUUCUCACAGAUCAACCCAGGUGCUGGCCUCCUCACAGGUCUUGGCCACAGAUCAGACCACUACAUGUGCGUCAAGAAUGGAGGGUUCUGUCUCUAUUCUUCUUGCCCUGUGAAUUCCAAAAUCACUGGCACCUGUUACAAAGGACGGGCAAAGUGCUGUAGAUGAGCUGAGAGUGACUUGGAGAAAGAUCACAGAAGCCAAGUGAAGGAUUGCUAAUCAUUGUUUUAAUAAAGAAAAAUUUACCUGGA